AUGGAUUCUGAGCCUUCCUGGACUGCCAUUCCCUCCCUCUCCCCUGGAGGUACUCUGCCUGUCCCCAAUGCCACCACACCCUGGCUGGGCAGGGAUGAAGAGCUAGCCAAGGUGGAGAUUGGCAUUCUAGCUACCGUCCUGGUUCUGGCCACAGGGGGCAAUCUGACUGUACUACUGACACUGGGCCUCCAGGGCCACAAGCGUUCCCGAAUGCACCUUUUUGUGCUGCACUUGGCCCUGACUGACCUGGGCGUGGCGCUUUUCCAGGUGCUGCCUCAGCUGCUCUGGGACAUCACUUACCGAUUCCAAGGCUCUGACCUCCUCUGCCGGGCUGUCAAGUAUCUACAGGUGCUCAGCAUGUUUGCUUCGACUUACAUGCUGCUGGCUAUGACACUGGAUCGAUACCUAGCUGUCUGCCACCCUCUUCGAAGCCUCCAGCAGCCCAGCCAGUCCACCUAUCCUCUCAUUGCUGCUCCCUGGCUGCUGGCUGCCAUCCUCAGCCUCCCUCAAAUUUUCAUUUUCUCGUUGAGAGAGGUGAUCCAGGGUUCAGGGGUGCUGGACUGCUGGGCAGAUUUCUACUUUUCCUGGGGACCACGUGCCUACAUCACCUGGACCACCAUGGCCAUCUUUGUGCUGCCUGUGGCAGUGCUCACAGCCUGCUACAGCCUCAUCUGCCACGAGAUCUACAAGAACGUGAAAGUCAAGACACAGGCUGGCAGAGAGGAAAGAAGGGGUUGGAGGACUUGGGACAAGUACUCAUCUGCUGCUGCUGCUGCUGCUGCUGCUGCUACUGCCACUAGAGGGCUGCCAUCUCGGGUCAGCAGCAUCAGCACCAUCUCCAGGGCAAAGAUCCGAACUGUGAAGAUGACCUUUGUCAUUGUGCUGGCCUACAUUGCUUGCUGGGCACCUUUCUUCAGUGUCCAGAUGUGGUCUGUGUGGGAUGAGAAUGCCCCUAAUGAAGAUUCCACCAACGUGGCUUUCACCAUCUCGAUGCUGUUGGGCAACCUCAGCAGCUGCUGCAACCCCUGGAUCUAUAUGGGCUUCAACAGCCACCUGUUGCCACGUUUUCUGAGUCACCAUGCCUGCUGCAGGGCUUCCCAGCCCCGAGUACACAGGCAGCUCUCCAACAGCAGCCUCGCUAGCCGCCGCACAACACUGCUGAGCCACUCCAGUGGUCCAUCUACUGACCGUCUCAGCGUUUACCUCAGCCUCCAUGCAAAGCCCAGGCCUGCAGGGUCACUGAAGAAUUUAGAUGGAGAAGCAACUAUGGAGACCAGCAUCUUUUAG